UUUUUUUUUUUUUUAAUAUUUCUUUCCUGCUGUAAAUAGUGUUAUAGCUAUUGGAAACAGGGCUGUUUUUAUUGUGAGAGGGUCCUAUGUUAAGGAGACAUGUUUUGAUUUUGAGUGAAAACUAAAACCCAAAAAUCUCUCGAUUCUCUCUUUAUCCUCGGAUUUCAACAACUCAAAAAAAGAAAAAGAAAAAAACAAUAGCAUUACGAUUUGCAAAAAAUAAAAUAGAAAUAUAGGAAAAUGCGAAAAGAGUAAAAAAGAAAAAGAAGAAGAAGGGAGAGAAGUUUGAAAGUAGUCAAAUAAAUAUAGAAUUCCCCAACCAUGAGUUAUUUUAAUAUAUAUAUAUAUGAGGUGCUUUAGUAGUAGCAGAAAGUCCUCUUUUCGCUUUUGAUUAUUCACUCACUACUCUGUAAUUAAGAUCUCUCUCUCUGAAGAGUCUAUAAAGAAAGGAAAAAAGAAGUCUGUUUUUCUCACUGAAAGUUUGCUGCUUUUGAGGUCUCACCGCCUCCAAUCUCGGAUUUUGGCUACGUUCAUAGCUGGAUCACUAAGCCCGCAUUUAAUUCUCGAAGCGUCAUUCAUUUUAUACCAUCUCUUCCCUUGGCUCAAUCAAACCCCUGAUUUUCACCUCGUGUUUGCAAAUUCUCUGAGAUCGAUCGCGAAAGAGACUCAUCACAGCAUACAGAGAAAUCGAGAUACAAUGUCGACGCAGAGGCAAGCAGAGGAAGCGAUUGUCUCCAGCUUGAACGAAACCGAACACGACGGCGGCGGCGGCAAGGACGAUGAGGAGAAGGCGGAGGACCACUCCGUUUUCAGCAUGAGUAACUUCCUCUGGCACGGCGGCUCCGCCUGGGACGCCUGGUUCAGCUGCUCCUCCAAUCAAGUUGCGCAAGUGCUGCUCACACUUCCAUACUCGUUUUCUCAACUCGGUAUGGUGUCUGGAAUUGUUUUCCAAAUAUUCUACGGUUUGGUCGGAAGCUGGACAGCUUACCUCAUCAGCGUCUUGUACAUCGAGUAUCGAAGCCGCAAGGAAAAAGAAGGUGUCAGCUUCAAAAACCAUGUCAUUCAGUGGUUUGAAGUUCUGGAUGGAUUACUCGGUCCGUACUGGAAAGCAAUGGGUUUGGCUUUCAACUGCACUUUCCUUCUAUUCGGAUCCGUCAUACAGCUUAUCGCCUGCGCUAGCAACAUAUAUUACAUAAAUGAUCAUUUGGACAAGAGGACAUGGACCUACAUAUUCGGAGCUUGCUGCGCAACCACUGUCUUCAUCCCCUCUUUCCACAACUACAGAAUUUGGUCUUUUCUUGGGCUCGGGAUGACCACUUACACCGCUUGGUACUUAACCGCCGCAUCCCUCGCUCAUGGCCAGGCCCAAGAUGUUCAGCACACUGGUCCCAAAAAGCUGGUGCUGUACUUCACCGGCGCCACCAACAUACUCUACACUUUUGGAGGCCAUGCUGUUACAGUUGAAAUAAUGCACGCUAUGUGGAAACCACAAAAGUUCAAGUACAUUUAUUUGGUGGCCACACUCUAUGUCUUCACUCUCACUAUUCCGUCGGCCUCCGCUGUCUAUUGGGCCUUCGGCGAUCAGCUCCUCAACCACUCCAACGCCUUCUCCCUCCUCCCGAAAACCCGGUGGCGCGAUGCUGCCGUCAUCCUCAUGCUCAUCCAUCAAUUUAUAACGUUCGGAUUUGCUUGCACACCGCUCUACUUCGUGUGGGAGAAGGUGAUCGGAAUGCACGACACAAGGAGCAUGUGCUUGAGGGCGCUGGCUAGGCUACCGGUGGUGAUACCAAUAUGGUUCUUGGCUAUCAUUUUCCCAUUCUUUGGCCCCAUCAAUUCGGCCGUCGGAGCCCUUCUUGUCAGUUUCACAGUCUACAUCAUUCCGGCCCUCGCGCAUAUGCUCACCUACCGGAAAGCCUCAGCUCGUCAGAAUGCUGCGGAGAAGCCUCCGUUCUUUCUCCCAAGCUGGACAGCUAUGUACGCUAUAAACACGUUCAUCGUAAUAUGGGUCUUGAUUGUCGGGUUCGGGUUUGGUGGUUGGGCAAGUGUGACCAAUUUUGUGAGACAAGUUGACACAUUCGGACUAUUCGCAAAGUGCUACCAGUGCAAACCGCCGCCCGCCGCCGCCCAUCCGCUAGCGGCGCCGCCGCCGCGCCACUAAGAAAUUCUUCGACAAACUUGCCCUUAUUUUUCUUCUCUCCGAUUUUUUUUCUUUUGUAAUAUAAACUGGGGAAGUAGUAAUAUUUUCCCUUAAAUGUGAUGCGUGUUUUUUUUUUUAUUCCUUGGUUUUGGAAUAUUUUUGUUUAAUCUAUUAGGCGAGGAUAUAUAGAGUGUUGAAUUGUGAUGAUUAGUUCCUUUGCUUUGAUAAAAGCAUAGGUUUAUUAAUUACAGUCAAUAUAAGUUAGCCCUUCUUUUUUUU